CUCCGCCCCACCCGCUCAGGGUCCGCAGCCGCAGCUCGUCCAGACGCGUGCCCCGCCCUCCCCAGCUGUGUACCCUCUGUCCAGCUGUGCGCGCACGUCGGGAGUCCCAGUCAUGUCCGCGGAGAGAGAGGUAGCCGAGGCGGCCACCGUAGUGGCGGCGGCCGAGGCAGGAGCCGGAGAAGACGUCUCUUUGCAGCCCCCGAAUGCCGAAGCGGCCGGCGACGCCCAGCCACCCGCGGUCUCCGAGGGGGCCGCAGCUUCGUCGCCUCCGCCGCUGCGCUCUCUGGUGCUGACAGGUUUCGGCGGCUAUGACAAGGUGAAGCUACAGAGUCGGCCGGCCGCACCCCCGGACCCCGGGGCUGGCCAUUUGACGUUGCGCGUCCGGGCCUGCGGGCUCAACUUCGCUGACCUUAUGGCCCGGCAGGGGCUGUACGACCGGCUGCCGCCGCUGCCCGUCACUCCGGGCAUGGAGGGCGCGGGAGUCGUUAUCGCUGUGGGCGAAGGAGUCAACGACCGCAAGGUAGGGGACCGGGUGAUGGUGUUGGCCCGGUCGGGCAUGUGGCAGGAGGAGGUGACAGUGCCCUCGGUCCAUACUUUCCUGAUGCCUGAGGCCAUGACCUUUGAGGAAGCUGCUGCCUUGCUGGUCAAUUACGUCACAGCCUACAUGGUCCUCUUUGACUUCGGCAACCUACGGCCUGGCCACAGCGUCUUGGUACACAUGGCUGCAGGGGGCGUGGGUAUAGCCGCCUUGCAGCUGUGCCGUACAGUGGAGAAUGUGACGGUGUUCGGAACGGCCUCGGCCAGCAAGCAUGACGUGCUGAAGGAGAAUGGGGUCACACACCCCAUUGACUACCACACGACUGACUAUGCGGAUGAGAUCAGGAAGAUCUCCCCCAAAGGAGUGGACAUCGUCAUGGACCCUCUAGGUGGGUCAGAUACUGCCAAGGGCUACAGCCUCCUCAAACCCAUGGGCAAAGUGAUCGUCUAUGGAAUGGCCAACGUGCUGACUGGCCCCAAGCGGAACCUGAUGGCCCUGGCACGCACGUGGUGGAAUCAGUUCAGCGUGACAGCUCUGCAGCUGCUGCCAUCCAACCGGGCUGUGUGCGGCUUCCACCUGGGCUACCUGGAUGACGAGGCAGAGCUGGUCAGCGGUGUGGUGGCCCGCCUCGUGGCUCUGUACAACGAGGGCCGCAUCAAACCCCACAUUGACUCCGUGUGGCCCUUCGAGAAGGUGGCAGAUGCCAUGAGGCAGAUGCAGGAGAAGAAGAAUGUGGGCAAAGUCCUCCUGGUGCCUGGGCCAGAGAAGGAGAACUAGGGCUGGGGCCGUGGACCCUCGGGGCCCGGGAAGAGAGAAGCUGGGAAGCCACGUUCUGUUGGCCACCAGACCCUUGCAUUUCAUCCUCUUAUCAGAAUUGCUCUGUCCUCUCUCUUUCCCAAAGGUCCCCAUAGUGAUGACCUCUCCCCCGUCCCUGUUCUUUCUCUUUAGUCAGGGCUGCCCCCUCCCUCCUUCCUGCCCUCUGAGGAGGUUGGGAAGUGACCACUUGGAUGUCUGGGCCCUGCCAAGGGGACAGGGAGGGUCAGAGGGAGGCCAGCUGCUUCCUGCCCCCACCCUUUCCCUGGGCCUGCUGUGCUGCUUUUGUGCCAAGGCUAGCCAAUCCCUUCCCAUCCUGUUCUGUGAGCUUGAGCUUCUGUCUCUGCCUCAUCUCCCCUCCUGCUCCUGCCCCACCACUUCCCCAAAGAAUUGAAAUGUCAGCUCAGGAUACGGGGCCAAUCUAUGUGAAUCCAGCAUGUCCCUGUUUUGCCCUAGUAUCCCUUCAACCCGGCCUACCAGCUCCCACCUCUGAAUUCCCUUGCCUCAUUGCAUGGCCUCAUCCUCCUGUCCUCAAUUUUUUAAGCACAAUUGGGCUUCUUCCACCUCUAGAUUUUCUCCACUCUUAACCAAGGUUGCCUCUUACAACAAGGACAGGAAUCAAACCUGCUCCCCUAGGUCACGACUCUGUGGGAGGGACACAGAGCCCCCCUUCCUUCACUGAGUUCUCUGGAUUUGUUCUCAGUGCCUUAGCAAUGGAAAAUCUGUGCUUGUGUAUAUGGGGGGUCCUGUUUCGCACCUCCUUCUCCACUCCUGUACUCCCCAGUGCCUUCCUUGUUCUGGUGGAGCUGGGGUUUUGCUGUUCCCCAGUCCCACAACACUGCCAAAAAUCUGUGUGUGUGCCAGUGGGUGGGGGGCCAGCUAUGUCUUGUCUCUGGGGCUGUCAUUUCUCUAUAGGAGGUUGAGGAGAAAGGUGGGGAAGCUUUCUCAACCUUGCAGAUAAGUGUGGCAUUCACCAGCCAGAGCUCUGGGAGGCAAUGCUGUCUAUUUCUUGUUCUGGGACCAAAGUAAAAAUUAAAGCACAUCCCUGUGCAGUCAUGAGAGGCCCCAUACCCUCUGCCUUCUCAGAGCAGGGAGGCAGUUUUUCAAACUCAGGUGGGGAGAUGGAGCAGGGGAGUCAGUGGGAGGUGGGGUUAGGACCUGGGUGGCUGGAACCAAAGUGGAGCUUCCUGGGGUAUGGGGUGUAACUCCCUCUGCUCUCCGAGCUGGAAUUAGGGAGGGUUAUUGCCACAACCUUUGCCAGUGGGAGGAGGAGGGGCGGGGCUCAGCCUCUUUAUUUUCUAAAUGAGGCCUAAAUAGUGUGAAGUGCGACUUCUGCUUUUGUGUACCCCACCCCAUUACCGAAGCUGCCUUUGUGUUUGUGUCAAUAAAAAGCCAAACCCUG